AUGAAGAAGGCUAACUCAGUUCAAAUAAAAAAAAGUGCUUUAACUGGCAAUGUUGGAAAAAACAGCUCAAAAAUUGGUCAUACAGUGAUUUCAAGUCCUAAAUUACCAAACGUCCCAUCAUCUUCGGGUAAAAGUUUGUCGGCCCCCUCAUACCUAACUCCAAAAAGUAAUAAAUCUUCCUCAAGUUUUGGCAUAAUUUGGUUGCCAGGAAGAAGGAGAAAUAAACACAAAGAAAUUGUUUAUAAUUCACACAAAACUGAUGGUUCCAAAGAAAGAGCGCCAUCUAUGUAUAAUAUUAUGUCUGGAGAUUCAUCUAAUCAGCAAACUUUAUUAAAGAAAAAAGAAGAGGAUAUAGAUUUGUUUGUUUCUGGUAAAAGUGGAAAUGCAUCAGUAGCUGUUGCUGGAGCUGGGGUUGUUACAUCAACAGAAAUUCCUCCAGAUAUCGUUUAUGCUAAUCCUGAAGAGAAAAAUGAAAGUCAAGAAUUCAUCAGACAUAACAAAGAAGAUAGCAAGGAAGCUGCAGGAGACACUAAAGAUAUUGGAAGUGUUGAUAAAAAUGGUUUAGAAAGUAGAAAAGAUGAAAAUUCCCUGGACCCUAAAACAACUAUAGGUCCCCUAGAAGACAAUGUGGACAGUGUGUUCCUGAGAUCACAACCUGCUCACAAAGUUCGAUCAACAGCCUCAACUGUGGAAGAAGAAGACUGUGGUAUUAAAUGUCUCUAUUACACUUUGCAAUGUUGUGAUUGUGUCCUUAUGUAA